AUGAAUUCAAUUGAAAAUCAAAGUUCAGGUGAUUCAUCUCAUUUAUAUAUGAAUUAUCAUCUAACUAAUACUACUAAAGAAGGUAUGCCUAUAUUUUAUCUCGAACCAGGAACUAGUUUAGCAAAUACUAUUGAUGAACAUAAAUCAAAUGAAAUUAUACAACCAGUUUCAUCAAUAUUAAGUCAUACAGAAUCAAAUAACGAUAGUGAAAGACAAUCAUUAAAUGAAUCUGAUAAUUUAAAAUAUAAAACAGAAUUAUGUCGUAAUUUUUCUACUUAUGGUCUUUGUUCGUAUUCAUCUCGUUGUCAAUUUGCUCAUGGUCUUGAAGAAUUACGUUGUCGAACUCGACAUCCAAAAUAUAAAACAGAAUUUUGUCGAAAUUUUCUUUCGGGUUAUUGUAAAUAUGGAUCUCGUUGUCAAUUUUUACAUAAUUUAGACGACUCAAAAGAUGCUCUAUCAUCAAAUGAAUCAUCAACAAUAGUUUAUCCUACAGCUGCUACAAUUGGAGCUUAUUUACUCACAAAUAUGCUUGCUCAAUCAACUACAUUUGGUCUAGGAGAAUCCGUUGUUCAACAAUCAGCUUUAGCUACACUUACAAACUAUCAUAUGAAAUCUAAUCCUUCACUUCUUACUUCAACAUAUCUACCAAAUGAAUCUUCUUUUCGACGAAUACCUAUUCCAUUGAAUUGUGGUAUUGAAAUGCAACAAAAUCCACAUCUUUAUUUAUCUCCGAAUAUUUUUCAUGGAAUUUCAAUACCACAAAAUCAAAAUAAUAAUAAUGAAUAUCAAUUAUCUACAUCAUAUUUACAUAAUCAAACUUUUGAUCAUAAUACAAAAUGA